GCAUUUCUUGUUUGUUUACUAACUCUGGACUUCCUGCUUGACUGGAGUUCUUCUCUUUAUCAACAAACUAACCCUAACCGGUCAACAAUAACCUUUUCAAAAUGGGAUGUGAUGGUGGCACUAUCCCUAAAAGACACGAAUUGGUGAAAGGCCCGAAGAAAGUGGAAAAGGUGGACAAGAAUGCAGAACUAUAUGCCAAAUGGAAAUAUUGCGCCCUGACCCAGGAGAAACUCAAACGGCCCAUCAUCACGUGUGAACUGGGAAGACUCUACAACAAAGAUGCUGUCAUUGAGUAUCUUCUUGAUAAAACCGCUGAGAGACCACACGCAGACGUUGUUUCUCACAUCCGUGGGAUGAAGGAUAUCCAGGAGCUGAAUUUCACCGAUAACCCGGAAUGGGAAGGCGAAGGUAGAAUCUCUAAAGGAGACCGUUACGAGGACAUGCACUGUGCCAUGUUCAUUUGUCCCGUGGUGGGCCUGGAGAUGAGCGGCAAACACAGGUUUUGCUACCUCCAGAAAUGUGGCUGUGUGUUUUCAGACCGGGCCCUAAGGGAGGUAAAGUCAGAGAUCUGCCACAAGUGUGGAGAGCAAUUCAAAGCUGAAGAUAUAGUGGUGCUCAACGGCACUAAGGAGGAUGUAGAGAAGCUCAAGCACAGGAUGGAGGCGAAGAGGGCUCAAGCAAAAAAAACUAAGAAAUCCAAGAAGAGCAAAGUUGCUGAGACUGUGGUCGGAGUAUCUGAGUUAAAAGAGAAAAUAACUUCCGGACCGGACUCUCAGGGAACUUGCUCAACACAAGAGGGCAGUGAAAGCACAGCCCCUGUUCCGGCCCCUGUUCCGGCGCCAGAGGUGGCGGGGCCCUCUGUAUCCAGCGGCUCCUCCAUCGCCAAGGGGGCCAAAGCCGCCGCGGCCUCCAUCUCCAAGAGGUCCUACCAGGAGAUGGGCGAGAAGUCUGAGGUCUUCAAGUCUCUCUUCACUACUCACACCUCCGCCAAGCGAACCAAGGACCAGACCUCCAACUGGGUCACCCACACGCCCUAUCACUUCUAGGGGUCUCCACACCUGGAGGGAAGAACAACGCAAACAAAUACAGAGGGUUUCUCUUGGCUUUUUAUGGGAUUAUUUUGUUUUUAUUCCCAACACACUCUCUGUCUCUGUCUCUGUCUCUGUCUCUGUCUCUCUCUCUCUCUCUCUCUCUCUCUGAGGUGUCUUCUGACCCUUGAGGCUAUAUAGGGACAUGAUCCAAGUAUUCCUUGUAGACUCUUUGCUCUUUGUUUACAAUGUAUGCCCACUUUGUUAAUCAGUCCCUCAGCUGUCUUAUUACCGUCCAUGGUUGAAUCCCUGGGAUAUUUCAUGUUGUAACGGCAAAGGCCCAUUGAGAGUUGAGGCUUGAGAGUGAUGUGGAUGUUGGUGUUCAUGUAUAUAUAUAUAAAUACACAAACGUAUACAUACACAAAGUACUCUGCUGUGACCUGGUCCGUUACUGACCGCUAUUGGAGGAGGGUAGUCGGCUCCCCCUAAAGUCUCCUUUUCAUCUUUAUUUUUAUUUUUUAAUUGGUUUUACUGCUUUCAAAUUAUUCCCUUAAUACAAAAACAAAUAAGACUGGUCACCUACCAUGGCAGGUUCAUUUUUUUUAAUUUCAUAUCCAAAUGUCAUAUUUUAAUGAGGAAUUGCAGCGUUUGAUUUGAGGUUUACUUUUCAGUAUUUAAAAUUGUCAUAACAUCUUUUGUGAUGCCAUGUUGGUUCUAUGUAUCUGUAUACGUAUGGGAUUUUUCUGUUUUCAAUCUCUAAAUUUCAGAUGUACCAAGUCAAACAAAAUAAAUAGGCUGCUUUUCAGAAAUUAU